AUGGUCGUGCGCAUCACGCACACGGUGCCCGCUACCGCUGGCUUGACCGGCCCUAGCAGGGCUCGAGGACAUGAGAGCGAGCCAGCCACCGGUGGGCUUUGCAAGUGGAGGAGGGAGGGCCGGCGAGCUGCAGAUGAGAUGACAGGACGUCUUUCCGGACUGUCUCCCGCAGGCGACCCAACCAACCAAGUCAUCCUGGCUACUCAAACUCUCCCCGCUAUUCGGGCCCCUCUCCCUCACUACCCACGACGCUUCCAGCCCUCUUUGACUCCCCCAUACCACAACGAUCCAAAACCGGACGGCCCAUGGUCCAGUCAGGGCGGCCAAGGGGGCUCUGGCGAUAAUUAUUCCAUGUCCAUCCUGUCGGCAGGAGAGCCUCGUUCAGAGAGGAACACCCCACAAAUGUCACCCAUUCAAUCCUAUCCCCCAAUGCAACCACCGUACAGGAGUCCGCGGGAAGCCCCAGUGAAUCCCCCUGUUUCACUGCCACCUCUUCGCCAUCUUUCAAAGACUCCACCCACUCCGUCUGACCGAAGAUUUGGGAAUCCUUUUGGAGUCCACUCAAUUCUGAACCCCCAGGCCGAACUUGUCGAACAGCAACGAGCUUUGAGACGCAGUAAUUCUCAGAUGGACUCACCAUCCCCAGUCGAUACACAGAAUUCCCAGAGCCUGCCCUCUAUCAGUCGACCCAACAGUGUAGACUCUACUCAAUCUACGCAGGAAGGGCAGCAGCAUGCCAGGCCAUUCCAGCCCCCAGAGCGUCCUCCAAUACGGUCUCUCUACCCCGAGAAAGGAAUUAGGACCCACAGCUUGAGCAGAUUGAACCCGCCCACGGGUACAAUCGAUGCACAGCAGUCGCCCUUUUUAACUGCAAGUACCCGCCCUUCGGAGAUGAUGACGACACAGCCUGCUUUGCCUACACCUCCAGCUGGUGGCCGGACGCACUAUUUCCCAGCUACAGCUCCGACGCCCCCACCGAACAUGAUGCGAACAGAGAUCCGCCGACCAAGCGUAAACUUCCCCCAAUCUGGUAGUGCUAGUCCAAUCGCACAAUACUCUCCUUACAGUCAGCCCGCCUCCGUUGCGUCGAGUCAAUACGACAACAACAGUACUCAAGGCCAAUAUGGACCAAUGCGUAGACAUACACCUACUCACGAUUCCCGCCAGGGAUCUGUAUCCAUGGAGAGUGAGCGUAAUAGUAUGAUAGCCAUGGCACCAUCCAACCAGAGCAGUGUCCAGCUCAUGACAAUUCAGAGCCAGGAUGGGUCUCUACACAAUAUCCAAGUAGAAACACAGACCGCUUCCAAGGGUGCUGAUGAGAAGAGAAGGCGUAAUGCUGGUGCUUCCGCACGUUUCCGUGCCAGAAGGAAAGAGAAGGAACGUGAGGCCUCUAUAAGCAUAUCCAGAUUGGAGCAGAACGUCCGCGAUUCAAAUGAAGAUGCUGAGUAUUAUCGCUCCGAGAGAGAUUACUGGAGAUCGAUUGCAAUGCAAGCUCAGCCAGAACGUCACAUCACCCGACCACCAUCGCCUCGCCUAAGGCGUGUAUCGGUAGCGCCGUCACGGGCACCGUCUUCUACCACCGGGCAUGGCUCAGAAGCUUCUUAUGACGGCUACGAGGAAGAGAUGCGCGAAGAAGAGCGCAAUGUUCGAAGAAGAACUAGCAGCUACCAUCCGGCCAUCGGUCCUCACCACACCGAUGUGUCUGCUCCUAGCCAUGAAUCACGUGGUUACCCUACAUCUACCUUUGGGUCAGUAAACCAUGCUCCUGCUCAGGGACAUCAGUACCCACAGCAUCAACAGGCACAGUCCGCAGGUCCUCAGCCCACAGCCAAACGGCCAGCCUAUCGCGAUUCAUUUCCUCCUGAGGCGAAUCGAUAUCUCCGUCCUCGCGGACGUUUUGGUUGUCAUCGUUAUAAUCGUACCAGGAUUGAGGAACUUCGUUUCGCCAAUGUACAAUACUUCGUCAUACGUACCACUUCGUGGGCAGCAUUAUUGUUUUAUUCAUCCGCUCGCGGACACCAAAGAGAAUGA